UUCUACACAGCACACUUUCACAGUUGUUACUGGAUUAAAAUGUGCCUGGCUUGGCAAUGAAAGAGCAGAACGAUUGGAUAUUGUUAUGCAACUCAGUGUCUUCAAGGGUGACUUGUAGCUUGUUCUUUAUUCAGCAAGUGCCAACUGCAUGUUUAAUCAAUGUCACCACUCACUACAGUCUGCAACUGAAGCCGCUGUCAUUCUACUUCUCAGAUCUGACUGGCUGCUAAGUUAUGCAAUGCUCUCAAGAAUGCCUUGGAAUUAUUUGUGAGAUGCUUUGAAUGCAAGUGUGUAACAACCCUAGAGCAAGCAGAAAACUUUGUUCCUUCUGGAGCACAAAUGCGAAUGACUGCUCUAAUAUCACCCGCAAUCUUUGGAUUUACAACUCAGCAACAUGAGAGAAGCCUCUUCAGAGAGUUAACAAGACCGAGAGAGCAUGUUAAAUGACCAUAGCAUUGGAAUGUCUUGGGGAAGUGCUACACAUAUAGCCACGAGAUAGAAACUACAUUUUAACGAGAAGACUCAAUGAUGUUUUCACUGCUUACACAUUCUAUGGAAGAAUCCAGGAUUUUAAAAGGAGAUAAAUAUAUAACUUGGACAUGCAGAAUAGGGGAUUCUUUCUUGACACCACAUUGCUUCAGUGGAUAACUGAAACAAGGCCUGCAUUUCUUUGAAGAUUUUGUCUCGUGUAUCACAUCUACAGCUUCAUUCAUCAAAACACUGUUCAUGCAUGCAUGUAAUUUCUGCUAUGAGUGAAAAGAACAGUCCUCCAUGAAGAUAAGGCUGUUUCUCCACUGCAGUGAGGAGUAAGCAGCAUGUCUGAUGAGAUUUUAUUCCUGAUGCAAUGUAGGCCAUCAGUCAGAACACUGGUGAAGAUUUUUGCAGAAAAAAUGAGGAGCUCUGCCAUCACAACACUAGAAGAUGUGAAAAGGCAAGAAGAAAGCGAGGAAAAGGAAGAAUCUAUUCUAGCUCUGUUGGGAAUAAUAGGAACAGUACUUAAUCUAUUUGUAAUUGUUUUUGUCUACGUAUAUACAACCCUUUGAUGGCUUUCUAGCAACUCGGAAGACCAGCAAUGGCAAAAAGAAACUUUGAGCACCAAUCAACAGAAAACAGGGGCUCAAAGAAAAAAACACAUUCCAGAAAGAAGUGCCUAUUUUAAGGGCACUACAUCAACAACUGUAAAAUGCAUCUAUGAACUCAGAAAACUAUAUAAAAAAAGACUGCUACAUAUUAAACAUCUCAAUUAUGACUGCUGGAAGUUCAGAUUCUCCAAACACAUGCUUCCUCUCUCCUCUGCCGCGGCAAUUAAUAUGCAAGAUGUUGUUAACAUAAGCAGGACAAAAACUAAAGGUAAUGGGUGCCAUAAAAUCUUCCUAUGUUUUACUUACUUGAUUCCCAUUAUACCUUUGGAUUUGUAACUAUGUACCUCUAUGUAGGUGACAGCUGGAUUAGAAAUGAAUCAAUUUCAAAACCAUUAUUAUGUGCUAAAGUUAGAUAAAUAUAUACAAAGUGUAGAAAGAGCAGCAAUGUUAAGUACUGUAUUGUAAGUAAAUAAAAUUUUAAUUAACUACCUUCCAAAACACUUUUAAUUUUCAUAUUGUUGAUUGCUGUGCCAGAUAUUCUUGUCCUUACGUUUACAAUUCACAUUUAUGCUUGUAAACUAUACUGUGUUCAAAAGACAUUUUAUAAUUCCAGGAAAGGGAUUUUUUUACAAUAUUUGUAUUAAAAAUAUAGAUCCACUCUUGCAACCAUUUUAGUAGAUUUUUAAAGUCGUUCUUUCAUUUGUGGCAAUAAUAUAAACAAGCAAAUUUAUUAUAGUUUUAAGUGAACAAAAUAGUUGGAACUAGCUAUUCAAACUGUGAAUUUACCCAAAUUCAGAGAAGAAAUCAGAUCAACUAGAGUUUCAACCUGUGAAAAAUACAGACCCCUAGAGAUUUCUAAUCUUUUCCUCUGAACUAUACAUUGUAAAUAGGUUGGAUUCUCCAGAGACCCUUCACAUAUUCCAUCUAAUCAAAGGAAAUUAUUCUGAAGUGUAAUGAUUCAAAAUGGUAGGAUCUCUCCAACUACAAUCCAAUGCUCAGUUAUUUGGAAAUAAGCUGCAUUGAACCAAAACGUCUUAAUUCUUUUAAGAAGACAAAUGUGCAUAUAACUCCUUUUUUCCAGAUUCCACUUGUAAAUCAAACCAUUUCAUUAAAAGACUAUGCUUUAUACACCAUGCCCUCCUUUGUCUGCAGCUUUUUAAAUAAAGAUUUGCAAUACUGAAAACUACAGCUUUAUGCUUCUAUUUCAAUGAAUUAAUAUUU